UUUAUCAGGGAACUUCCGUUUGGCCAAAAAAUGGCUGCGGCCCUUUCAGACUCACGUGUUGGCCUUGGAAAGAAGCAGAAAAAGUUACGGAAGAGGAAAAAGAUGAAGAUGAUAGCGGCGGCGGCGGCGGCGGCGGCGGCGGCUUCAUCGUCAGACUCAGAGCUGGAGCAGGAGGAAGACAAUCUCCAGGGAGACCGCGGUUCUGUAGCAAGCUGGGGAGGUGCCAAAGACAAUUUUUCUUCUGAUGAAGCAAAUGAAGGUGAUAAUGAAGAUGAUGCUAUAGCUUAUGACAAAGAAAAUGAAAGUGCAACAGAAUCCAAUGUUGGGACUAAUGCUGGUUGGGCAGAUGCCAUGGCUAAAAUUCUUAACAAAAAGACUCCUAAAAGUAAACCUACUAUUCUCAUCAAAAACAAAGAGCUGGAGAAGGAAAAAGAGAAAGAAAAACAAGAGAGAAUGGAGAAAAGAAAACAGCUUGAUAAGAAGCGGGAGUGGGAAAUGAUGUGCAGAGUGAAGCCAGAUGUUGUCAAAGACAAAGAAAUAGAAAGAAAUCUACAGAGAAUUGCUACAAGGGGUGUGGUACAGUUAUUCAAUGCUGUUCGGAAGCACCAGAAGAAUGUUGAUGAAAAAAUGAAAGAAGUUGGAGGCUCUGUGAGAAAACGUGCAAAGUUGAUGUCAACUGUCACCAAGAAAGAUUUCAUUAGUGUUCUCAGAGGAGUGGACGGAAGCAAAGAGAGCAAGAAUCCCACAGGCCAGAAUUCAAAAGACAAACAGGCUAACGAGAAAUCAGAGCAAGGCUCAGGCUGGAACAUAUUGCGUGAUGAUUUUAUGAUGGGAGCAACAAUGAAAGACUGGGACAAGGAGAGUGAUGGACCUGAUAACACAGAAUGAAACUCCAGAAGUGACUGAUAAAUAACAACAUUUAGAAAUUGGAAUACUUGAUAAAUUUAUUUUUCCAGAGUAAAUUGUUCAUCAUCUAAAUGAGCUUUGUUAUAUGGAGGUGGUAAUGCAGUUGUUAGUUUGAAGAGAAAACAACAGACUGCCUUUAUUUUUCACCAACUUUAAAAUUGUCCUUUGACUUUUUUUUUUAAGUCUACAUCAAAAUCCAAAACUAUUUUCCAAAACCAUUAUUAACUUUUUAGCAUUUCCCCAAAACAUUUUAUAUAUUAAAAACAAAACUGUGCCUCUUGGCAUAUUUUGCCAAGUUCAUGAUAAGUUUUAAUGUUAAUUUGUUAUUCUUGAAUUUUAAAUUAAUAAUUCAUCUAAAAAUAUCACUACUUUUUGGUAAUGAAGAUGACCAAUAUUUAAUUGUAUAUGUUAUUCAAAAAAAUAUUUACUACAUAAAUUCUGUGAUUGUAAAAAUUUAGUAUGUCUAUGCUUAUUUUGAUUUAUAGAUGCCUUUUAGAUUCAGUAUCAUUUUUCUUUUAGAAGAACUAAGAAAAAAAUAUAGGUAAUAAAACAUAAAGUUAGAACUGUG